AUGUCAGCAGGAAGAAAAGAAAGAGCGGAGGAGGAACGCAAGGAGGUUUCCUCCGAGGAGGAGGAGGAGGAGGAGAGGGCUGCUGAGGAGGAGGACUUUGAAGAGGCGAUGAGGGAGGCUGCUCCCUCCAUCGCCUCCAGGACACCUGCACCGUCCCGACGACAGAUGUUCCCCGAUAUCCCCGAGGCGGUGGACGACUUCCUGAGGAACUUCCUCCGGAGAGCCGGUCUGAGAAGGACUCUGAAUGUCUUUGAGGUAGAGUGGUACGGCUCGGCUCAGAAGCUCCUGGCUGAACCUCUGAGGACGGCAUGGACGGCCGCCUCGUUCAUCCCCGAUGCCCUCACACACAGGCAGCUCCUCCGCAGGGAGCUGGAGACGGUCCGCAGGGAGACGGACCUGCUCAGACAGGACGUUCUGUCUGCGGGGGAGAGCCUGGGGAGGAUGCAGAGGGAGAGGGACUUCCACCGGCUGCAGUACCGGAGAGUCGCUGCGGAGAAAAACAGGAUGAUCGAGGACUUCAAACGGCUGAGGAGACACCUGGAGUCCUACGAGCCGGCGCUGAGGCAGCUGGAGGACAAAUACCAAGCAGCUCUGAGGCAGAACAUGCUCAUCAGUUUGGAAAAGGACAGAGUUCAAAACGCCACUGACGCAAGACUGAAUGAGGAUAAAUCCAACAUCCAGAGAGACAGCAGCAUAAAUAAAAGGAGCGACAGCGCUGAUAAAUCACCAGCAAAAACCACUAUGACCAGACAUCCAGAGGACACAGAGUUUCCUGUCUGCAGCCGGCUGGGGAACCCUCGCCUGGCUCAGGGGACAUUUCAAAAGUGGAAAAGCCCCAGCUCCUUCAGCAUGGACUACUCCUUCAGAGCCCAUAAGCUUCCCAUCAGCUGUAUUGACCUACAUCCAAGAAAACGGAUCCUCGCCACCGCCAGUGAUGACCGCAGCUGGAGGCUGUGGGAGCUGCAGCCCAACGGGGAGAAGGUUGGUCAGAUGGUGCUGACAGGUGAGGGUCACUCUGAUUGGCUGUCUGGCUGCAGCUUUCACCCUGAUGGAUCAAAACUGGCAACGACCAGUGGAGACUCUACGGUGCGGCUCUGGGACUUCUCCCGUGGCUGCUGCGUGUUGUCGCUGCCCGGUCACGGCCAGCCCACCUGGGGCUGCUCCUUCCACUCCUCUGGUCACUUCCUGGCCUCCUGCUCCGCCGACCGAACUGCUAAGCUUUGGGACCUGAACAGCCAGCGUUGCCGGCUCACGUUGCGUCGCCAUACUGCCUCCGUCAACAGCAUCCACUUCCUGCCCUUCUCCAACCUACUCCUCACCUGCUCGGCUGACAAAACCCUCGCCAUGUGGGAUGCCAGGCUGGGUGUCUGCACCACUUCCUUCCAGGGACACCAGCACCCCUGCAACCACGCCGCCUUCAGCCCGGCGGGCGAUGUCGUGGCCUCCUGCGACUCACGUGGCAUCGUCAACCUGUGGGAUGUCAGGAAACCCGGGUUGGUGAUGGCAACGGUAGACGGAGGGCCACAGGCCGCCAACCAGGUGGACUUCAGCCCUUCGGGGAAGACGCUGGCCGUCGCCAGCGACGACAGUCUGGUCAGGGUGGUGGAGGUGGAUUCUGGCGUGGCGAGCAGCCUGUCGGGACACGGCGAUGCCAUGCAGAGCGUGAUCUUUGACCACGAGGGGGAGACUGUGAUGUCAGCAGGGAGUGAUGGCAUGAUUAACGUCUGGGCGGGAAAGGAAAAAGUGAAGUGA